AUGUCGGAUGACGCAGGCAUGUCUGCACCCUGCACAGUUGUGCUACAUGCUGGUGGCAUUUUGCCAGAAUUGAGCACGGAGGACACUGGAGACGAGCCGGUUCCAAAGGAACGUGAUCCAGUGGAGCCUCAGGAGGCACCGCAGCCGGCGGAAGGAGACAUGAUGGAUUACCAGGAUUACCAAGAGCAUGUAGCAGGACACUUCAGCACAAUGACGUUGACUUCGCCGACCAUCCAAAGGGUGACAUCCAGCCAUCGCGUCUUAAGCUGCUUCGGGCGAGCGCUGCGACAAAAGACAGUCACAGACAUGUACCAUUGCAGCAGAGCGGCCAAGAAGAUUUCGCAGUUUGUUUCACACAGUUGGCAUGGCUCGUCAUGGAAGAAGAUCGCCACAGUCUUCGUGCUCAAAAAUGGUCCUGCAGCGCUGGCUUCUGGAAGCUUGUGUGCAUUGGUCAUGAUUGUCUUCAGCAGCUUCCAGAUCUUGCCUGGCUAUGAUCGGCAACCCAUGAUCGAGCUGGAACGAACCUACGUCUUCGGACCCUGGGGGCUUUGCAUUGGGAUGCUAGCUGCAUUUCUCGGCUUGACUUUCUGUCAACGUCGUGACGAGGUUUUCCUGGAUGUCCUAUGCAUCCAUCAGACUGAUCGGCGCCUUAAGUUUGAAGGCCUCCUGAACAUAUGUGCCUUCUUGAGGAAUUCCGACUCCAUGUUGGUGUUGUGGGACCCCACCUAUGUUGAGAGGCUUUGGUGCGUCUUCGAAUUGGCUGCCUUCCUGAAAAGCCGCGAGAGCGGGACAGCGACGAAGCUCUUUAUUAGGCCUACCAUCCUUGGGCCCAGCUCCAUAGCAUCCUGCUUCGGCCUCUUUGCGUUGCAGCUGGCUCAGACCGCCGUUCCAUGGGCGAACGCCUUUCAUGGAACCCUGGUCUUCUCGGCACUGGCCUGGACUGGGUGUUACGCGGUUGCUUGUGUCUGGCGGAGCCACUACAGGCAGAUUGACGCCAUGAAGACCCAACUUCAGAGUUUCACCAUUAGCAAGACGAAAUCGGACUGUUGCCAGAUAGGCCAUGUGGAUCGACAGGGCCGAAAGCUUCCUUGCGACAAGGCAGUGAUCCUUGAAUGCAUCCGACAGUGGUUCGGCUCUGUUGAUGCAUUCGAGGAUGAUGUCAGGUCUGGCGUGGCAGCUGCAUUGUCGGAAGGAUUGGGGAAGGGAGGGUUUCCUUAUCCUUACGUGCUUGCUGCCGGAGCACCGAUCUUGUGGUGUCAGGGUGACUUCGCGGCCUCCCGGCUGCGGGAGGGCGAGUUCUACUAUGCUGGUGUCACCGUCGUCAUUGGCCUCGCAUACUGGCUCGCUGCAGUUCCCUUCAUCUUCGCCUGCGGUGGUCUUAUCGUCCACAAGUUCCGCCGCAGGUACAGCCCUUGUCUUGAUGCGCUGGUGCCCCUCCUCGUUUCGGCGUUCCUAAAUCUGGUGCCAGGCACGGGCAUGUUCUGGUUACUGAUAGGCCUACAAGCGAUGCUAGAUGAUAUGCUGGCCGCAGUGCUUUGGGCCAUUAUUAUGUCUUCUGCCGCUCUGCUUGCUUGGCGUCUGCGCUCAUCUUACGUGGAGCGUCUUGGGCUUUAG